AUGUCUAAAAAAUUAGAGGAUUUAGGUGCAGAUGCAAAAAAGAGAUUGGAUAAUCUUAUGAAUAAAGAUAGAGUAAAGAACCAACAGCAAUUCGAAGAGCAACAAAGUCAUAAUCAACAAAAAUACAAGGAAAGUCAUAAUCAAACAAAGAGUAGUAGCGGUGGCGGCAACAACAAAGAAAAACUUUUCGAUACUCUAAAUGUCAAGAAGAAUGUAGAUGGUGCCUACAAAGUAGCUGAGAAUCUGAGUGAUUUCUUUAAGAACAGACCGAUCGAUUCGAAUGCAAAUUCGCCAUCACCUAAAUUUCAAAUCAAUGAAUUCUAUCGUGGUUUCUUAAAGAUGAGUGGAUAUGCAUGGGGUAUUGCAUUAACAUUUGGAUUGAUUUCAUUCGCAGUUUAUAGAACUUUUACACCAAAACAAUAUGUACCGCCAAGUGAAUUGACUUCAACAGCAGCAACAACAUCAUCAUCGGUACCUCAAUCAAUAACAACAACAAACAAAUCCAAUAAUGAUUCAAUGAAAUCAGUAUUACCUCUUACACCAAAUAAGAGCUCCUCUGCACCAGUAUCGGUACCAUUAUCAUUAUCAUCCUCAUCAUCGUCGUCAUCAUCAACAGAUAACAGUAAAACAAGCUCAAAAUACACUGCAAUCGUUACUGAAGCAAGCAAAAAGUGA